AUGAGAACAAACCAAGGCUCGAGCAACGAUUUACUUAAUCGAUAAAAUCAAGCUAGAAGAGAUAUCGACCCACUCGCUUCCAAUUCUCCAAAUGCGUGGAAAGAAAUGACCUCUUAAUCUGGUUUUGUGUCAAGAGACAAAUAUAACAAAUUAAAGGACCUCAAUUCCAAGUUAAAAGCAGCCUUAAGAGACUACAUGCAGGAGGGCAAAGAUCAAGAGAAGAUAUUACAAUUGAAAGAAGAACUCAUCCAAAAAUAUGAGAGAGAACGAUCAGAUUGGUAAACCAAAGGCAAUGAAGAUUUGAAAACAUAAUUAAACGAUAUGAAAAAUAAGGUGCAGAAGAAGAAAAAUAAAAUCAAGUUAUUGAAAGAUGAGUCUAAAGCCAAUGAUACAAAGUUGGAAGAACAGAAGGCCUAAUUCUAGGUUGAAUUGGAUAGAGUGCAGCGACUCUACGAUGCGUUAACAAAUGAGAUUAAGGAUCAUGAAAAACGAUACUCCAUAUUGAAAGAUGAAAAUAAUGUGUUAAAAUAAGCUAUUAUUGCAAAAGAAGAACAAUGUCGAUACCUAGAAAUGGCAAUUAAGGAAGAAAAAUAAAAUGCUUAGCUAUUAGAAUCAAAUAUAAAAGAGCAAUUAGAAGAAAACAAGAUCUUACAAUUAACUAUUAACAAUGUUAAUAGUAAAGCUGAAGACUUAGAAAAACAAAUUAAAAUUAAUGAAUCGCGUCAUUCACUGGAACUCAAUAAAGUUUAAUAGGAAAAAUUGACAUAACAGUAAGAAUUGAAUGCAUAAAUCAAUAAAAAAAAAGAGAAGAUCAAAAACAUGGGCAAUCAAAUUUAAUAAUUGGAAAACAUGAUUAGCUAAUAAUAGAAGCAAGAAUUCGCAUUGAAUAAUUCCAUCUUAGAAAAAUAAUAAGAAAAUAUCAAAUUAUAAUCUCAUCUAGAUGAUCAAAGAAAUAAAACUGAUUUAGCAUUAAAAGAGGCACAUUAUUCAGUUUAGGAAGUAAAAGAAUUGAAGUCCAAAUUAGAAUCAUAGAAAUCCUUAGUAUAAACAUAUGAAGAAAAAUUGGCUUAGUAUGAUAAACAAUACCAGAUAGAUUAGGAAGAAAGAGGUUAGAUUUUACAAGACUUAGAUUAACUCAAUUAAGAUAAUAGAAGAUUAUAAUAACUAUUAUAUGAAUCAGAUAAUGAUAUCUCCUAUUUGAAUUAGCAACACUUGGAAAAACAAUCACAAAUAGAAAAGAAACUAGAGUCAUUGCAACUUCAAUUAAACUAUUCAUAGGAUGAAUUAGCAGAUUCAAAAAGACUAAUACAGGAAAUGAAAAAGUAAGCUAUUGUGAGUGAAGAAUAGAUAGAAAUCUAUAAAAAUAAAUAUCUAAAAACUAAAUAAAACCAAAAGACUUUAUAAAAUGAAUAGAGAUAUUUAGAAGAAAAGAUGAAAUUGAUUGAAAAUGAGAGAAUUCAAGAGGAGAGGGAAGCCCUAAAGACAAAAGACUUUAUUAUGCACUAAAGAUAAGUGUAAUAGAGUAAAAUAAGAGUGCUAGAUGACAUUUAAAAUAUGAUAAAACAACAUAAAAGAACUAAUAGUUGAAUAUUUAUAUAAAUUUAUAAUUUAUACAAUAAUAGUACUAAUUAUUAA